AAACACAGUACACGAAUUUGACAUGCUGUAGAAGCACCGAAGAAGCUUGUUUACUCAUGGCGGCCUCAUGUGCCAGCAUGCUGCCAUAAAUUCCCAAGCCUUUGUCCGUUCUAACAUCAGCUCUCAAACGUAUCUGUCACGAUGCCAUUCAACAUGUUCAAGGGAUUCGGAGGCCGCAAUCCCAACAAUCAUCGUCCUGAUCGCGCAGUCUACAAUGACUACGGCGAGGAAUUUUCAAAACCAGAUUAUCACCAACCCAUUUCUCAUCCACAACUGAGAAGGCAGGAGACACUGCCAAGAAAAAGAGUGGAGCCAGUAUUCACUCCUGUUCCAUCACGUGCACCUACUGACGGAGAUGAAUACUACGAUGGCUACGUUCGGGUGGACAACCCUCAGACUAUCCUAGGGGGAACUCUCAACGCCCGCCCCACAAGACCAGAAAACCCUUUGAGCCCUGUUCCGUCUGUUGAGCGAGACGAUGGUGACAGUCGAUUUUCGGAAACAUUUUCCGAGCAAGGACAUACUAUACAUAGUCCCCCAAGGAUGCCAGAUCAACCUGCAUCUUUACAUUCCCAAAUGCGAGAUGGAGUUACUCGGGCAGAUUCUUUCAGCUACGGCAAUGUUUCAGGUCGUCACAUGCCUGACGAUCCUGCUAUCACCCACAUCGACAGAUCUAUUGACUCAGGGAGCGAUCAUACUGUCGAGGCGCUCAGGACGCCAAUGUCUAGUCACUCUCAUACGAGAGGGGCUUCUAUACACACACCGGGUGGUUACCCGGGGAAGAGUCCUACUAAUAUAUAUGCGGACGGCCAUGAGACUCGUCCGAUGCGAUACAAUGAAAUCCACCCAGUUGGGCACGGCCGGGCCCCUCACUCAGGCAGGCAUGGUCCUAUCUAUUACGUCAUCCCUGGCGGGGUGAGUGUUAUAUUCCAAGAUGAAUAUGGGAAUGAAGUUGGAAGGUAAGAUUUGGUUUAGUAUUCUGUUCCUUGGCUUGCAUUGAAGUUGAUCGAAGAGCUGGUGAUUUUAGCGGGCGCCCAGCACCACGUUCUGCACCCUUUGUUGUGCAGGAUAAUCAUGGGCGUGAGCUUUACAGUUAUGAUGGC